GACGGUGGUCUCCUCAUCAACAACCCCACAGCGUUGGCCAUCCAUGAGUGUAAGCUGCUGUGGCCCAACACCCCAGUGCAGUGUGUGGUCUCCCUGGGUACGGGUCGCUAUGAGACCGGCAACAAGAACAACACCACCUCCACCAGUCUCAAAGCCAAGAUCACCAACGUCAUCAGCAGUGCCACCGACACAGAGGAGGUCCACAUCAUGCUGGACGCCCUCCUUCCACCCAACACCUACUUCCGUUUCAACCCCUACAUGAGCGAGGACAUCCCAUUGGACGAGAGCCGCCCGGAGAGGCUGACCUUCCUGCAGGAGGAAGGAACUCGCUACCUGGAGAGGAACGAAGCCAAGCUGAACAAGGCAGCGUCGGUGCUGGCUCUGGAGAAGAGCGCCAUCCAGAGGCUGGCUGAAUGGUGCAAACUGAAGGCCGACAUGUACGAGGGCUUGCCCUUCAUCUCCAAACUGUAGGGGACGUCUAGAGGUGAAAGGUCAGACAGGCUGAGAGACACUAAUUUAGACUGAUUAUGAAGAUAAUAUAGGAGCUGUAAAGGUCUGACAUGUAUGAGGGCCCUUCAUCUCCAAACUAUAGGAAGAGACCUGCAGAGGUUAAAGUUCAAAAGGCACUGCAGGCGGUAACUGCUGAGAAACUAAUUUAGACUUGAAAAUUAACAUGUGCUUUGAUAUGACUCCAUCAGGGGAGGCUGGUGGGAAGAGCUAUAGGAGGAAAGUCUCAUUGUAAUGGUUGGAAUGGAAUAAAUGGAACCGAGUUAAACGUGGCUUCCAUAUCUUUGAUACCGUUCCAUUUUGUCAUUCCAGCCAUUACAAUGAGCCUGUCCUCCUAUAGCUCCUCCCACCAGCCUCCUCUGGACUCCAUAUCUGCUUGAUGUAGAUCAUGUGAUAUGACUGCGGUCCAUUAGAAUUUAUGCUGCUCAGGCAGGAUGUUGUUUGACCUGUGAGAGGUGGUACAGAAGGAUCUGUUGUUUUCUCUGAAAGGGGUUUGGCUGGUAGGGCUGAAGGAAUCAACCUUUUGACUGGUCCUAAAUAAAGCACCACUGUGAUGAGAGCACAUAGGCUGUGUUUACACAGGCAGCCCAAUUCUAAUAUUUUGCCCCCCUAAAAAUCUGAUCUUUUGCUAAUAAUUGGGCUAAAUAUCUGAAUUGGGCUGGCUGUGUAAACAGCCAUAAUGGUGUGAAUGGUAGACAGGCAUAGCCAUUUACUGUUUUGAUUUAAGAGUGCAGGUUUUGCAGGGAAGGUGUUUUUGACGACUACCGACAUGUACUGGUAUGUCAGAUAUUCAGGGUCUGUUAUUAGCAUCUCAUUCCAUUGUAAUUACUGUAAAUACGGAAGUUGUAAGUAACUGACAUUGGUGUCACCUCAUUUAAAUGCUUCAAGCUUGUACUAGGCAUGUAAAGUAGAAUGGUAUAAAACAUGUAAUUAUGCCUUUUUUCACAGAUGAAUGAAAUCAUGCACUUUGUAAAUUGUCACAUUGUUGUUAAGAGCUCUGUAAGGGAUCAGAUGAAAUGGGUUGAUAUGUGAUUUUGAAUCAUAUUUAAUUGCAGAGUUCAUGGUAUUAGCUUUAUAAUGAGCUUGUACCACCUUUCUCCUGCAGAGGCCCUGUAGGUGUGGAAGAACUUUCUCCUGCAGCGGCCCUGUAGGUGUGGAAGAACUUUCUCCUGCAGCGGCCCUGUAGGUGUGGAAGAACUUUCUCCUGCAGCGGCCCUGUAGGUGUGGAAGAACUUUCUCCUGCAGCGGCCCUGUAGGUGUGGAAGAACUUUCUCCUGCAGCGGCCCUGUAGGUGUGGAAGAACUUUCUCCUGCAGCGGCCCUGUAGGUGUGGAAGAACUUUCUCCUGCAGCGGCCCUGUAGGUGUGGAAGAACUUUCUCCUGCAGCGGCCCUGUAGGUGUGGAAGAACUUUCUCCUGCAGCGGCCCUGUAGGUGUGUAAGAACUUUCUCCUGCUGUGGCCCUGUAGGUGUGUAAGAACUUUCUCCUGCAGCGGCCCUGUAGGUGUGGAAGAACUUUCUCCUGCAGCGGCCCUGUAGGUGUGGAAGAACUUUCUCCUGCAGCGGCCCUGUAGGUGUGGAAGAACUUUCUCCUGCAGCGGCCCUGUAGGUGUGUAAGAACUUUCUCCUGCAGCGGCCCUGUAGGUGCGUAAGAACUUUCUCCUGCAGCGGCCCUGUAGGUGUGUAAGAACUUUCUCCUGCAGCGGCCCUGUAGGUGCGUAAGAACUUUCUCCUGCAGCGGCCCUGUAGGUGUGUAAGAACUUUCUCCUGCAGCGGCCCUGUAGGUGCGUAAGAACUUUCUCCUGCAGCGGCCCUGUAGGUGUGUAAGAACUUUCUCCUGCUGCGGCCCUGUAGGUGUGUAAGAACUUUCUCCUGCAGCGGCCCUGUAGGUGUGUAAGAACUUUCUCCUGCAGCGGCCCUGUAGGUGUGUAAGAACUUUCUCCUGCUGCGGCCCUGUAGGUGUGUAAGAACUUUCUCCUGCUGCGGCCCUGUAGGUGCGUAAGAAUGAAAAUGUGUCAUUGAAACCGG